UUUUUAAUAACUAAAAAUAAAUAGUGAAAGAGAACAAAUUUCGCAACCAGGGAUUUGGGGAUCAAAUUCCCGAGAAUCGAGUUGUUCGAAACUCAAUUUGGCUAUACAUAUAUAGAGCCCUAAUCAUAUUCUUCAUUUCUCACUGCUUCUUAGUUUGGUAUUUUUGAUCCUUGUGAGUUCAACCAGCUCAUUCUCUCAAGUUCAAAAAUGGUGGCUGAUCACGGUCCCAAAUCCAACAUUUCUUUCGCUGGAACCUUUGCCAGUAGCGCGUUCGCCGCUUGUACGGCCGAGAUUGUUAGUAUUCCCUUGGACACUGCUAAAGUUAGGCUUCAACUCCAAAAGAAAGCCGUUGAUGGAAUGCCCUUACCAAAGUACAGGGGUCUGCUGGGAACAGUUGGCACCAUUGCCAGGGAAGAAGGUUUAUUAGCACUAUGGAAAGGAAUUGUACCUGGAUUGCAUCGUCAGUGUCUAUUUGGAGGCUUAAGAGUUGGAUUAUAUGAGCCUGUUAAGACCUUAUAUGUAGGACAAGACUUUGUUGGAGAUGUUCCUUUAACUAAGAAAAUACUUGCCGCAUUAACAACUGGUGCUCUAGCAAUUACAGUUGCAAAUCCGACUGAUCUUGUAAAAGUUAGACUUCAAUCUGAAGGAAAGCUGCCCCCUGGGGUGCCAAGACGCUAUUCUGGAGCAAUGAAUGCUUAUUCCACCAUCGUCAGACAGGAAGGCUUUGGGGCUCUGUGGACUGGAAUUGGACCCAAUGUAGCAAGAAAUGCCAUUAUAAAUGCUGCUGAGCUAGCUAGCUAUGAUCAAGUGAAGCAGUCCAUUUUGAAACUACCAGGGUUUACAGACAAUGUUGUUACUCAUCUUUUUGCUGGUCUGGGGGCAGGUUUCUUUGCUGUCUGUAUUGGCUCCCCUGUUGAUGUGGUUAAGUCGAGAAUGAUGGGUGAUCCCUCUUACAAAAGCACACUUGACUGUUUUAUCAAAACUUUGAAGAAUGAUGGUCCUCUUGCUUUUUACAAGGGUUUCUUGCCAAAUUUUGGACGGCUAGGAACCUGGAAUGUGGUUAUGUUCCUAACCCUAGAACAGGCCAAGAAGUUUUUCAGAAAAGAAUAGUCAUCUUGAUUGAGUUGUUCUUUGGAGAUAAUCUGAGCCUAGAUUUGGAACAAGCGUACAGCAAGUGGAAUUUUUCCAAAUAGAAUAAUAAAGCAUUAAGCCAUUGUCUUUCUCUCAUUUUGUUAAGAGGGAAAGAAGAGUUCUUCAAGGGAAACUCUCAAUACUAAACUCAUAACAUCAAAUAACAGUCAUUCAUAAUUGGAAAUGGGAUUUUUUUUCCUUGUUAUUCUUAAUAUUGGAUAGGAGGGUCAUUUAAAUUAUAGAUAAAUUUGAAUAUUGGAUAUUUUGAGAAAUAGAAUAGAGCCUUAAGGUUCUCUUUCUUCUUA